AUGGGAAACUACCUUGGACCACACGAGGAUACCAGUUUAGAUUGGAACAACAACAAUGACCAGACGUUGACUUGUCGUUCUGAAUCUUCUCUUGGUCAAACAGGUCCCUCAAUCUCCAAGACCGUCAAGUUUGCCUAUGGACCAAGUAGUGCUACUUUGACCUUCUCACCGACAAAUCCGUCCAGUUUGUGUCAAGGCACAAGUCUCAGUGUUGUGUCCACUUGUGCUGUUGACCAGAGUACAGUUAACCCUCAGCCAGACUACAAAAUCUCCGUGAACGGUGUACAAGUAGGCACAUCUGUACAGCAGACUCUACAGUUACAGGGCGGAACUCACAACGUCAGCUGUCGUGUUGAGAACUGGUUAUUUCCCGCUGAUCUCUUCACUGAUGUCGCUGAGACUUUCACUGUCAGAAUUCCUCCGCCGGACCCUCCAGAGAUCACUGUGAGUCAGCCGUUGGUCCUCAGUACUGGAGAAAUCCUGGUGAAGGAUAACGUCGCAACUAGUGUGCGGUGUGUGGUCCGAGGGGGAUAUCCUGCUACAAUUGACGUAAGCCUUAGCUGUCCUAGUUCUCAGCCAGGUAGCUCUGAUGUGAGUUCUGUGGUCGUAACUAGGUCACAAGGGACACAAUGCUCGUGUACAGCCACUCACGACAGUGGAUGCUACAACAAACGGAGUGACGUCACCAUCAAGGCUGCUUACGGCCCAGAAGGUGUCACGUUGGAGAGAAAGAACGUGAGACUUGAGGAGACCGGAACGUAUAACCUGUGUCCGUCAGCUACAUCAGAUAUAAUAAUGGAAUGUUCUGUGGGAGUUGUCUACCCAGCAGCAAGCUUUAGACUCACAAUGACGCCAACAGGAACAAAAACUGCUGAUGCAUGCACAGGAAACAACAAAUGUUCCUACGAGAUUGUGCCGUCAAGGGGAGGUAAUCACAAGUUCUGGUGUGUCGCGGUGAACAGCGCUUUUGGAGAUAUGAGCGGAGACAGUCCAUUUGUACAGGUCUACGUGCGAGAACCUCCCAAACAUGCCCCAAAACUGACCAUCAACGGUAAAUAUUUCACUGGCGUAACUGCAGAUAACAGCGUUGUUUUUGUUGACGGUCAAGAAAACAGUAUGGUAUGUCGAGUUGAUGGGGGAUUCCCCGAGGUCUCGCCCUCCGACAUCUAUGUACAGUGUGACGGCGUGAACGUGACAGAUGGAAAGGUUGUGUUCACACCUUAUCUAAACGCCACCUACUGUACUUGUCGUGCACGACACACUAGUGGAUGCUACGACCUGUCGACUGAAGUCCUCGUCAUUGUAAUAUUCCUGAACGAGACAGUGGGAGAACAAAGCGGUGAUCAGACGACUAUAGCAGCAGCAGUUGGGGCAGCCUGUGCAACGUUGGUCCUUUGUUGUGUCACCACGGCUGUUGUGUAUUGGUUUUUAAAAAGGAAAGGCUGUUUCCGCUGGAUGGCUAAACCUAUAGAAGAACAGUCUGGAAUCACACGGGAUAACAAUGUCGGACGAGAAGACAGUCAGUACGAAGACGUUGAUUUGGACAUGUCGUUGCAGGACAACUCUACCCUGGGCCACCGAGAAGAAAGUCUGUACGUGGACGUGGAUUCGGACCACAUAUCGUCACAGGACAUCCACACCCCGGUCCUGAAUGGAAAAACCGUGGCGGUAAUCGUUACACAGACAGACGGUGACGAGAGACGUUUUAAUAACACAUCAGUGACGUCAUCGGUGUCAACAACGAAACAGGAAGAACGGUCAAAAGAAAAUCAGUACGUAGACGCAGAUAUGGUCCUGAUUAACGCAAAGAAGGCUAACACUCAGAUCGUGAUCGGGAAAACCACCUCGAUAAACAAUAAAUCUAACACCCCACAGGCAGAUUGCGAUGACGGGAGACGUUACAACAACGUGUCGUUGACGUCACCAGAGUCAGAGCUGUACGUGAGCUGUGAUCCUGAAGUGGAAUACUUUAACCUUAAAAUUGAUGAAGAAAUGGACGGUAACAACUGCCCGCCCAGGAACAGUUCCUCAAUAAAGGAAAUUAUGUGAACGUGCAGCAAAAAUAAGCAAAGAGGGAAUCCUUGGGUGAACGCUGACAACAUCACUGUUUGUUCUGCUUUGUGAUUUUCACAUAAGAAAUAACAAGCACACAAACCAAAAU